AUCGAUUCGUUAUCCCUAAGGCUUUAAAACAUCAAACUAUCGUUGUAUGAAUUCUGUUUAUCAAUGUUUUAAGUAUUGAGUGUUUAUUUUUAUUGUUCGCACAAAAUAUAAUGCAUUACGCAUCGUUAACCGGUUUGCGAAUCGGUUCGACCGAAUCGUUAAAAAAAGAGUCGCCUCUAGCGAUUUAUUUGCGAAACAUAGCUCAGCCGAGUUAACAUAUGAAUUGAUCAAAUGUAAGUGAUCUCGCUUAACGUCGUUAUUAUGUCAAUAUAGACAGUGUUAUAAAUAUGUAUUAGCGGGCGGGUUUGGGUGUGUAUGAUCCAAGAGGAAUGGGCGUGCAGGAUCAUUCCAUCCAGUAGGACAAACUUCCUUAAAAUAUCUCCAGCCCUAGAAAACUGAACUGCAAUGGCUGCAGCUCCACCAAUAAUAACUCAACAGAUUCGGUCUGGACCGUCUGGACAGGAGAUCACAAACGAUUCGCACGAUCUGUGUAUAUCUGACGUCAGUGACUGUCUUAUAUAUGAUCGACAUGGAGUUAAGACAACUUUUCAGAGUUUGUUUCAACACAGAAAAGCAAUAAUCAUCUUUGUGAGGAAUUUCUUGUGCUUCACAUGCAAAGAAUAUGUAGAAGACUUGGGCAAAAUACCUCGGGAUAUGCUGCAGGAAUCUAAUGUGAGACUGGUAGUGAUUGGGCAGUCCUCGUAUUCUCAUAUUCACGAAUUCUGCUCUCUAACAGGCUAUCCUCAUGAAAUAUAUGUUGAUUCAGAGAGACAAAUUUACAAAAAACUUGGAAUGAGAAGAGGAGAGACGUACAUGGAGAACUCUUACAAAAGUCCACAUGUGAAAUCCAGUUUGCUUGUUGGCAGCCUGAAAAGUAUGUGGCGUGCCAUGACCAGCCCUCUUUUUGACUUUCAAGGAGAUCCACAGCAGCAAGGUGGAGCCAUUAUUGUAGGUCCAGGUCCGAAGGUUCAUUUUGCCCAUUUUGACAUGAAUCGUUUAGACCACAUGCCAAUAAACUGGUUGCUUCAAUUAGCAGGUCUUCAAAUGUUGGACUUCAGUGAUUCCCCCAAAAUCAUUGAUAUCUAAACUAAAGGAACUGAUAAGAUCACUGAUAGAACGCACCUCUGAAUUAUAUUAUUGCUUAAUAUGACUGUAUAUAUUUUGUUUUAUAUGUUGAAUAGUAACAAUCCAUUCCACUGCCCUAUAUUUUAUUUCUGCAUUACAUUACAACCAAAGUUCUAGAUUUUUUAAAUUAGGUUUUGGGGUUGUAACAAACCCAUAGCAAAGAAUAAAAAAACACCUUUUUUAAUUUUAUGACAUGUCUGUUAUGAAAAACAUCCAUCUGGAUUUAGUGUUUUUGCCAUUUAAUUCAAUGUUCACAUUUAUUUUAUUUUUACAUUCAUUUUUGUUUUCAAUUUCAUUUCAUUUUCACCACAACGUGCAAUUAAAGGUUAUUAGUUUUAAAUGAGAUGAUGAUAUUUGAUGUAGCAUUCUGACUUCUCGGAGACACGUUCACAUGUUGCUCUUAUUCCAUCUCACAAAUCUUCUGCUUUGCAUCCGGGCUUCUGCAUCUACAAACAUUUUGUAAAGCAUUUAAGGCAAACGAAUUGCACCAUAUUUCCUAAUUCUCUCAUCUGGAUGUGGCUUUCUUUUAAUUAUUUUAGUAACACUUUACAAUAAGGUUGUAUUUGUUAACAUUAGUUAAUCUAUAAUGAACUAACAUGAACAAAUGUAACAUUAACAAAGAUUAAUAAAUGCUGAUAAACUAAA